AUGAACGCCAUUGUGGGUUUAUGUCAUUUCUGCGAAGCUCAUGGACCACGGCCGUUAUUUUGUACGUUUACCACAGACAGUGAUAAAAACACGACCGAAUCUUCAAGAGCUAGUGUUCAGUGCAGUGGCUGUACUUCUUUAGGUCCUGAGACCGUGUUUGUGUCCCGAGAAGAUGAUGGGACAAUAUACUGUAGCCGGGAAUCAGUUCCCAACGCUGACGUCACAUCGUUUUUGCGACAGGCCGCGAUAAGAAGUAUCACUUGUGAAGUGAAUUGGAAUAAAGAAGGAGGUGUGGUCUACUUCAAUGAUGCUCAUGGACAUGUCCUAAGCCUCACAUUCCAGCUGAAGGAUACUUGGGCUCGAGGGUUGAAGAGAUGGUUCUCCAUAGUAGUUCUAAUGAAGGACAAAAUGUUAUUACUGAAUAUUACACCCCUACUCUCAGAACAUAUGCAGAAAAUAGCAAAGGAAUUACAAGAGUUGGCUGAAGUAGUGUUUGAUGCUGAGCAAAAGGUUUGUUCCCAAAGAGCUCUCAGGCUGAAAACUGGAAGAAAUGACUUUGUUCAGUCCAGGUCAUUGAUGCAUUUGACUGGAGACGACAAUGUGUUCAAAAGACUACACUCCCACUUCACAUGGAUGUUAAAAGCUGGUGCACACACAUACUCCGAAACUUUAUACACCAGUCACGAUUUGCUCAAUAAGUUACAACCUCAUGCUGUGAAAAAAUCUAUAUUUGAGCCGGGCACUUGUUCUGUGUCGAGUGACAAAAGUUGCAUGUCCCUCAGACUGUUGGAGAAGACAGUUUCUAAAGCAGUAUUUAGGAUAUUGAUGUACUGUACUUUGACUGGAGUUUAUAUUGUCAUAAAAUCAAGUAAUGUGGAGACAGCAACCAUUAUAAAUGGCUUGGCUAGAUUACUGCCAGUAACUAUGACAAACAGCAAUAGAAUACGACAGUACAGAAUUGAUGAGCCGCUACCACCCACUGUGUGCUUAUUGGAAGAAACUGAAAACAAUAACUUUAGUUACAAAUGGAGUGGUGCAUUACCUGCUAAAUGUCCAACAUUGAUGACUAGAAUAGAGAAUUCAAUGAAUAAUGACAAGUUCAAUGAUGAUGUUCUACAUCAGCAUUUGAAAUCCCUUCAGUUAGAAUGGCUUGGAAUAGCAAAAGCAGUGAAGGCAGCUAUAGACUCCUCAGGUUCUAAAUCUGAUGCAGUGGCCAAAUUAAAACAAGUGUUUGGAAUAGGACAGCAUGACGAAUCUCUUGUGAAUUACUGGAUGACCGCAUUUUGCAGCUGA